CAAGACUACAAAACACCAAGCCAUUGGCACAAAAGAAAGAUUAUGACCUAUUCAAAGACGUUCAUAGAGAAUUAACCGUGGAAGAUCAAACUGAUGAUGACGAAUGCUAUAGCACGGUUCGUGAGGCAGUACAGGGCCAUAUGCCAAGAUUAAGUGCACAACAAAUACUUCUUGACAAGACCCUCAAAUCUGCUUACUUGGACGCCGACUCAGAUGACGCGGCAAUUUCGAGAGCUGCGGACACCCUAAACAAACAUGAAAUUUUGCAGAAAAUGAACAACUUCGAGCAAAGUUAUCAUCUUACACAAAUGAGUGGCUUACCGAAUGUUAUUAAAGAUAAAUAUUAUGAAUUGCUUGCUGGGAGUCAAGACACCAUUAGCACCUAUAAAGUGGUUCAGCCAAACAAUGUCAAAUUCGAACACCUUGCAGAAGCUUUUGAGCAAUAUAGACAGGAUCAGAUUUUAUAUCUCGCCAACGAAAUUUCACGCAUGGAAAAGGAUAAAGACGAGGACGUUGGUUUAUUAGCCAAAAGACAAGAAGAGGUAAAAAAAGCUGAAAAAACAUUAGAAGAGACGGAAAAAGACAAAGACAACUACGAUCAAUUGAUAAAGGAUUUAAAGACUCGUAAAGAGGAAGUCAAGUCUACCCAACGCCAGAUUAAAGGGCUUGAUACUGCAAUUAUUGAAACGCAAGACAGUAUCGAGCUAUUGGAACUUGCCUUUCCAGGAGGACAAGGGAAAAAUCGCAUUAUCAUUGGUAAUGGAGAAUUAUCGGACCUGAAUCAAUACAGAAAUGAUCCACUGGCAAGAUUAGCAGAUUUUUUUGAUAGAAUUCCUAUCCCGCUCUCAACCACGAAUCUGAUUGAUGAGGCCGACGAAGCACUUAAACUUGAAUUAGAACCCAAAAUUCUGGACAACAUUAUGGCAAUUAAAUUUGACAUCACCGCCCCGAAUAUGUUUAGAGCAAAGGAUCAUUUAUUAAAUCAUCUCCCAAUUCCGGUAAGAGAGGAAAAAAAUAUCAUAUUUUUACAUGCCCCCACACGACCAAGCGUUACGAACGUAUAUUUUAGGUGUAACGUGGUCUCCUAUUAUGCUAUCCUCCAGUUACCAGAUUCCUGGGUCCCUCUUAGACGCACGAUCGCUACCGCUGGAGUAGGUGGAGAAGUUAAGGUUUUAUCACAUUUAAAAUUCUGCCCUUUUUGUCAUAAAAGUGAUCAUACGAGGUUUGAAUGCACAAAAGGACCUUGCAACCACUGUAAGAUGGAAAACCAUUCAGCAAAAGCUUGUAAAUUCCGCAUUCAACAAAAACUAAAUGUAGCUGCGGCAAAAAAACAAAGUUUGCAAAAGAAAUUGAGUCAAAAGGCCAAUGAAUUAAAUGCAACUAAUAUAAUAAACCCUCCAACAGAAUCAUUACAGGCCAAACCAUUGCCCGAUUAUUUAAAGGCACAUAUGGAUAGCGACCAAUUCCUUGAUGGAAAGGCAACAUCUAGACAAGGUAGAAAACAAUUACAAAAUGAAUUCGCCCAAUCUAAUCAGGCAAAAAAGGACACUGCUAAAAACAUUAAUAAAUCAGGCGUGAAACCACACAAAUCAACAGUAAAUGUUCCUAGCGCACAAUUACCUAAAUCAUCAGUAGCAACACGCACAAGAUCAAAAUCCCAAUCUCAAAAAGAUGUUCCAGUUACGGAAAAGAAGACCAUCUUACGUAGGCCAGGAUCCCCAAUUACACCAUCAAAUCAAAAACCAACUGAAAUGAUUAUAACAUCCACUACUCAAAAGGCGGAUAGGAUGUUAUCUGCUCAUGCUCCCAAGGCCGACACAAGUGAAUCUGAGAAAGAAGAACUCGAGGCUCUAGCACAAAUUUCAAAGACACAUUUGAAAUCACAGGACAGCAGUGAGCGAUCAACCACCCAAUCCAAUACUAUUAAUUUAUGA